AUGUACGGCUCACCAGACGACGUCAGCACGGUCAGUCAGAACACCAAUCCUACUAUAGUAUCGGGCAUGCAAUCCACCAUCUCUGAUAGCGAUGUCCUCCGCGAUGCAAAGCACGUACACUGGCAACCUCUCCCCUUCAUCCCUGAUACCGCUCACACCUCACUCCCUUCCCGCAGCAAAGACAGUCUCAUUGAUGCUGAUGUUUCCUCCUCAACCAAGUCCAAGAGAGGAUUCGGGAAUGUCAAAGCAAAAAUUAAAGCUGUGGCUAGGUUCUUAGGCUCAAAGGAUAGACAUGAGGAGGAUGCAGGGUUCAGUGGAUUCACCGCGAAAGGAGUUCCGAUUGCUGGGCUCCAUCCACAGUCGAUCUUGUUGAAAGAUGGAGGCGACGAACGCGAAGAGAUGCGUAGCGAUGGAAAAGUGCAGAGCGACUACGCAGAGACCAAGAAGUCGGAGGUGCUGCCUGCGAUUGAGACGUUGCGAGAACGAUUGAGCUCUGAGGAGGAAGUGUGCAAAAAGCCUCCUCCACCACCUCAGCCUCAGAUCUAUCGACCACCAUCUCCCAGGCUUCUGGCCCCGGCAGCAUUGCGUGCUAAAUGCAGACGAGCAAUUGGGUCAGAAACACCUCUACUCUUCUCGCAUGCUGCUGAGCCGCCUCAUACUCGCUCUGGCACACCUCGACCUGCAUUACCACCUGCUGUCCGCGUCGUCAGUCGUCCCUUGCCUCCCACACCAGCACACAAUCCUCGAGCUCCAGGAGCAGAGCCACAGUUGCGUUCCUACAGCCCCACAGAUGACUACAUCGCACGUCUUUCCGCUGCUGGUCAGAACCCUCCUACUCCAGGCUCCUCCCCUGGCCUCGGUCUGUCUCAGCUCGACAGAAUCCCCACGCCUCCAACUGCUAACCUCAACACGCAUGACGACACUCCCGCACCUCCUCUCCUCGCUCAACCGUUUCCAUCUAUCCGCCGCGCCAAGAACACCCUGGACGCCACUCUCCUGGCCGCAGAACUCGAAAGUCUCUCCUCCUUCACCACCUCUUCAACACGCUUUGCUGACAGCAGCCGUGAAGCUGUCUGUCAUUGGAGACCUCAAGACGAGACCCCCACCUCUGUUCUUCCUCCUCUACCUACUCCUCACCAGAUCCCUCGAAAACGACCUCCUCCAAGCACCCCAACCUCACUCCAGGUGGAGGAGAGUCAAGAUGAAUCUAUCCAGCGUAUUCAACGCUGGCGAGUGCAAAUCACCGCACCGCCCCCAGUGGUUUUGGGUUCGCAGGUCGCUUCCGCUCAUUCGAGAUUCCAAGAGGAGCAGGCUGAAGAGAUGUCGAGUCAUCUGACUAGUGUCAGUCGAAGUCCGCUUUCCAAGCCUAACAGCGCAAAGAGUUUGGUGGAGGAUUUGGUGGAUAUGGAGAAGACUCCUACUCUUCAAGCUAAGCGUGUAUUGGGUAGGGAGAGCGCUAGGAGCUACAAAAGUCCUCCUCGACCUAAUUGCCAUGAGAGGGAGGAGGGAACAAGUCACAUAGCUCGACUCUCAGAUUCUCAGUUCAAUCGUCUUGCUCUCGCCACCGAAUCCGUACUUCCGCCUCCGUCUGCUCCCAUACCCGCCGAGAGCAACAACUCUCGUCUCCGCCCCAAAGCCGCCAUCAACAAAGCAGAGGAACGUGAUGAAGGAAAACCAUCAUCUUUAGAUGCAACCGGCACGACUCUUUCGGUGCUGGAACGCAAAGCCUCAACCCACAUCAAUACUCUCGACUCGAUGAUUCGCAAACAUCCAGAUAAGAUGUAUGAGAUUUUCAAGAACCGACCUGGUUUGAUGCUGGUUGUUAUGCUCAGGUGCAAGGUCGAGGAUCGCAUCUCGGAAGUUCAGGCCACGCCUUCAGUCUUGGUCGAUCUCGCACCUAGUACUUCAGGUAGAGGCAAGGAGAAAGAUGGAAUUGAUUUGCUGGAAGAGAGCCUUAUUGAUCUUCACUUUGACGAAGAAGCUACAUCAGCGCUGCAGGAACCUCGGGGAAUGCCAAGUAUCGUUGUUUCUCAGCACCACACCGGCGAUAGCGGCGCAGCGAGAAGCCGUACAGCCGCUACCUCGGUGAACCCUCUCACUGAGCCCUACAUUGAGGGAGGGAUGGGCAGGGUGCAAAGCGUGGUAGAGGCAAAGAUUGAAAGAAGAAGUGAGGGGAAGCUGCUAGAGAUAGUGCAGAGGCUCGAAGAAGCUGGAGAAUUAUGCUCGAUGCAACAGGUGUUGAUGUCGCUUCAGGAGCGACUCAUGACUACGAAAGGGGAGUGUAGUCGCUUGAGUGAGCGGCUAAGUGUUCUUGAGCAAGCUGUCUUCUCGCCCAACACCGCCAAUACCACAGCUUCAUCCUUUCACAGAUAG